CUCCCUCUAAACAAAAUGAGACUGGCAAAAAUGUGCCGACUAAACGCGCUGGGGAUCUAUUUGUGGGAAACGAUAGUGUUUAUCAGCUUGGCAGCAUCGAAAGAAGCUGCGGCGAGGAAAGCUGCCUCCCCGAUGCCGCCCUCCGAGUUCCUGGACAAACUCAUGGGCAAGGUUUCGGGUUACGAUGCCAGGAUUCGACCGAACUUUAAAGUUUACAACAAAGACCCCAAAGGCUCCAAAAAUGAAGCUACUCACAAGAAAGGUCCUCCUGUAAACGUAACCUGCAACAUUUUUAUCAACAGUUUUGGGUCCAUUGCUGAAACAACAAUGGACUACAGAGUGAACAUCUUCUUGCGACAGCAGUGGAACGACCCUCGGCUGGCCUACAGCGAGUACCCCGAUGACUCGCUGGACCUCGACCCCUCUAUGUUGGACUCCAUCUGGAAACCUGACUUGUUCUUUGCCAACGAGAAGGGGGCCAACUUCCACGAGGUCACCACCGACAACAAGCUGCUGCGCAUCUCUAAAAACGGCAACGUGCUCUACAGCAUACGAAUAACACUGAUCCUGGCCUGUCCCAUGGAUCUGAAGAACUUCCCUAUGGACGUCCAGACCUGCAUCAUGCAACUGGAGAGCUUCGGCUACACCAUGAAUGACCUCAUAUUCGAGUGGGAUGAGAAGGGAGCCGUGCAGGUGGCUGACGGCCUGACGCUACCUCAGUUCUUACUCAAAGAGGAGAAGGACCUGCGCCACUGCACCAAGCACUACAACACAGGUAAAUUCACCUGUAUCGAGGCUCGUUUCCACCUGGAGCGUCAGAUGGGCUACUACCUGAUCCAGAUGUACAUCCCCUCGCUGCUUAUUGUCAUCCUGUCCUGGGUUUCCUUCUGGAUCAACAUGGACGCCGCGCCCGCCCGUGUGGGUCUGGGCAUCACCACCGUGCUGACCAUGACCACGCAGAGCUCUGGUUCCAGAGCCUCCCUGCCGAAGGUGUCCUACGUAAAAGCCAUCGAUAUCUGGAUGGCCGUGUGUCUGCUGUUUGUGUUCUCGGCCCUGCUGGAGUACGCCGCCGUCAACUUCAUCGCCCGCCAACACAAGGAGCUGCUGCGCUUCAGACGGAGGCGACGACACAUGAAGCCUGAGUCUUGGCCUGUGUUGCAGGAGGAUGAGACAGGUGAGGGGCGCUUCAGCUUCCCCGGCUACGGCAUGGGCCCCGCCUGCCUGCAGGCCAAAGACGGCAUGGCCAUCAAGGGCAACAACAACAACGCCCCGGCCUCGGCCGCGCCCGAGAAGAGCAUUGAGGAGAUGAAGAAGCUGUUCAUCGGCCGGGCCAAACGCAUCGACACAGUGUCCCGCGUGGCCUUCCCGCUCGUCUUCCUCAUUUUUAACAUUUUCUACUGGAUCACUUACAAGAUCAUCCGCAGCGAGGACGUCCACAAGCAGUAGUCGAGAGGCGGAGGAGGAGGAGGAGGGCGAGAACAGUGCGAAGAGGAGAAUGCAGAGAAACAAAAAGAGAGAAGGAAACAGAGAGAGAUGACUUCAUUAGGAGAUAUCAUUGCCCCUUUUUUCACGCCAACCAUGCCUCCUUUCCUCGUCCUCUUCCUUCAUCCUCUUCCUCUUUUGGUCGAGGAUAAGUUGCUUUUUGUGGCAGUCACCCCCUCUCAACCCAACCCGACACCUACUAGACAUCAUUUGAGAUAUUUAUUGCUUUCUUUUCCCCUUAUUCUCCUCCCCUGCCCAGAAUCCCACCCCUACCCCGUCUCUUUACACCUCCUGAAUAUUCCGGACCAGUGCAAUAGCAAUGCAGUAAAAUGCAUGAUAUAUGAAUGUGGCAAUAUAUUAAUGAAACAUGAAAAAGUAAACUCAGACUUUUGCAGGCACACCCAACGAACUGUGUGGGAGUGGACGGAAUGGGAAGAAAGAAGACGACGAGAGAGUCUUGUAAACGGUCUUGUAUUUGAUUUUAGGUUUUUUUGUGUGAAGACAGAUAUAUAAUUCUAUAUGAAAAGCGAUACCGGGAGGGGGUGGGGGAUGUGCGAGAAGCAUACAGCAGUGUAAUAUACUCAUAUAUCUAUCAUAAAUGGGGAAAAAAGAACUUUAUUUCCAAAGGUGGGCAUCUGGAAAUGAGGGAUUUUUCACCCAAAAAAAAGGAAGGAAGGCGGAUCGGUGCUUCCAUUAAAUAAAGCGAUGCAAGGAUCACGCAUUCUAUAUAUCUAGAUUUGCUUCAAACGUGUAUUGCAAGCACUCCUCAACGCUUUUCCUCCCCGCCCUGCCGCCAACACCACGAAACCUUGAACUGCAGAGACACUUGAGGUUUGCUGCUGCCGCUGUCAAUCAUACGAGUGGACAAAAAGAAACAAAAAAAAGAAAAGAAAAUAAAGCAACACUGGACAAGCAGUGCUGAAGAUUAUGAGACAAAAUAUCUCAUUUAUCUGUGGUCAACGUGUUCCUCUACCUGUCGUUAAUUGAUUUCAUAUUGCAUUUGUUGUUUUUUGGGUUUAAUUUAUGUGCCAAGUAUAACAUGUCGCUUGUGGCUGUGCAGCGCUCUGCAGCUCCGAUCUUUUAGGAUGGAGGAUGGUCAGUCGUCGCGACCGUUGACGUCUCCUCGCGGGCUUCUUCUGGGUUUUUUAAUCCUUGAGGUAUUGGUUUGUUUUCAUCGACUGGAAAAAGAGCGAAUCGAUCCUGGACAGAGUAAAAUGCAGAUCUUCGUUUGCUCUCCUCGUCGUGUUCAUUGGGACUGAACCACAGAUACGUUUACAUCUUAUUUGUGCUUCCUUGCUUUGACCCCGCCUUAAUGUGACACCCCACCCUUCCCCAGCUGAGAGAACAUAUGUAGUAAAUUAUACAGAUUAUAGCACCUGUUAUACCUUAAUUAACUGUAUUUCCAUCUCAUUCACAUGCACCAACUGUAGCUGCAAACGUCAUCAUUUGUGAAAAGCGGCAUAAUCACGCACAUGCGACGAAACAGCAGGAUUUAUUUUGCCAUAGUCAUGUUGGAUGGGAUUUGAUCAGAUAACAGGUCAAUUGGCUUAUAUGAUGAUUCAUCUGAUGACUUGUUUCUCUUUUACUUUGCGCCAGGCUUCUCUAUGCAAUGAUCAGCAUAUAUGCAAUUAUGAUUUCUCCUUCCUUUUAGCAGCUCCAUCUCAAAAACACCACCGUUUUGUGGGCUGUUUCAUUGCACUGCUAACUGCUGAACAAGCUCAUUGGUUAAUACGGAGGAAUGGAGAAGAUAAAGUGAUGAAACACGGUGAUGAAGCUGCAACCUGUGCAGGGACUUUCGCCCAAUGCAUGCAGAUUACUGUACGGAGAAAACAUGUUUUAUAGUAGAAAUCAUCAGCAAACAGAUUGAGCCAAACCUCUGAGCCCGUCAGAACUUGGAAAGAAAGUGCAGAAAUUCUAGUGGAUACAGGUCUUCUGUCAUCUUGUCACGUCUGCAUCGUUUACUCAAAAUCCCAAAGUGCUUCUUUCACAAACAACAGAAAAUUUACAGAGAAGUUUUAAUGCAAAAGGGGUGAACGAGACGUUUUCCAAUUUUGUAGCAAAGCAAAACAAAACUUAAAAUGAACAACACAUACUUAGUUUCAUACUGACUUUAAGAUUUAGGGUAUUCUCAUUGCAUUUUUCCACUCUGCCAUUUAGACAGUGUGCUCAGUGUUUCAGUGACGUACAGUAUUUUCUGCCACAGUGUCACCAACAACUCUUCGCACCAUACUCUUAAAGGGUUAGCUCAACAUUUUGGGUAAUGUUCUCUUUUGCUUUCUUUACGAUAGAUGAAAAGAUGGAUACCAUUUUGUGAGUUAACUGCAGAGCUGAAGCUGGGAGGUGAUUAGCCUAGCUUAGCAUGAGACAGGCGAGGGGCACUUCGGGUUUUUAAUUUGGUUUGUGUACUUUUAGAAAAAUGUACGUAUAACGUGUUAAUUAAUGGGCUGUUGGUUGAGUUGUCAGUAGGCAUAUGUGUGAAACUUGGAAAGACCCAGGCUAGCUGUUUCCAGCCUUUAUGCUAAGCUAGGAUAAUAGCCUCCCAGCUCCAGCUACGUACUUAAUGCACACGUGAGAGUGGUAUCAAUCUUCUAAUUUAACUUUUUGAAAGAAAGAGAAUAAUUAUAAUUUCCAAAAUGUUCAACUCUUCCUUCAUCAUACGGUGUUUGGUGAACCAUCCUGUCUGUGGAGAGUCAGUUAAAAGUUUAAAAUAAAAUAAUUGACUGGACUUUUAUUGUGAAGUUUCACACUUCAGGCAAAUGCUACUUCCGAACAAAUAAACGUUAAUCCUGUUACUGUGUUUCCUGGAUGAGGACGGCUAAUUAAAACAUAUUUAACUUCACAAUAAAAGUCCAGCAGAGUGUUUUAUUUUCAUCCCUGAGCGUCACAUGCAGGGAAAAUGUGGUUCAGUCUAAAUUAACUCCUGAUCGCAACGAAAUUACCAUUUUCAAAAUGUUUUAAGCCCUUGUCCAACUUGGUUUUGAAGCAAAACCAAAGAUUAUGUAUUUUUUUUGUUUCUCACAUUUGAUGUAGUUGUCAUUGCCUUUUGCUGCUGUUGCUGAAGAUUUGUUGCAGGAUGUGAUAUUAUAUUCGGUUUGUCUUUUUAAUGUGAUUGCCAGUUGCAGUAUUGGGUUUGCCAGAUUAACUUCAGAUAUACAAAUAAAAUUAUAAUAUAUAUAUAUAUAUAUAGGCAUAUUUUGAUAUGAAACAUUUCUGCAUUUUCCCCCCAGCAUUCUUGUUUUGCUUCAUUUUUAAAGAAAGCUUUUUUUAUUUGAUAGGUCACCUAACUCUCCCUUACACCCCAUCUCCAUUAAGCCUACACUAUUUUUCCUUGUAAAACAUGUUUUACAAGUAAAAUUCCACAUUGAGACUUUUUUGACUCCUGUUUAGAGAUCAUUCUUGCAGUGUGUCAGCAGAUGUUUUCCAUUUGUUUCAUUCCAUCGUAAAUUUAAAACUACUUUUCAAGAGUUAUUUCAAAAUGUGUGUAAGACUGAUCCGAAGGGCUACGCCACGCACUUACAUUCUUCUGUUCACAUUCCUACACGUUUUAACUUUAAAGUUGAAGUGCCAUAGCAUUUGCUUCAUCCCAAAAACUAUGCAUUUAAUUUAGUAAAUCCUUCCCAGUGAUACAUAAAGUGAUGGAAAACUUUUUAAGGCCAUGAUCACCAAGGAUGGUUUAGUUUAAUUUUUCAAUGAUAUUAUCACAGCAGAUGUUUAUUGCUAAAUUUACAGCGAAUCAUCGGUUUUAGAAAUGAGUUAAGCCUGUAGUGAGAGAAGAAUCUCUAACUUCUCGUGGUAAUUUCAUUUUUAUCGUUAUCUCUUCAGAAGACUGAAGGUUAGCCAGUUAGUUAAAACUAAUUAGAUAGCUGCGUACCGACUUGUCCCAAAGCAACUCUAGAUGGCAUUGUUUCUGAAGUAACUUAAUGGAGUCAAAACAAGAACCAAAAAUGAUCUUUUUUAUCAUAUUAAGUUCCAAGAUAAAGCCCUCAGUUUUCCAAAAUGCCGCAGAGAGCUAACACUAACUAUAGCUUGCUGGUAACAUCAACUCCUUCACUUACAAACGUAGAAACAAUGUAGCACAACAGAGAGGAAGUAGGCGUAGUACUUAGCUAGUCAAAAAGCUAGCAAACGUGCUCUUUAGCUUGCUUGAUAGGAAAUGUGUGCGCAACUUCCAGAUAGCAUUUCUUUGUCGGGCUAAAUUACCCUUCCUACGCAGUCUUUCUUUCAUGCUAGCACCACAGCUGAAGCCCGAACAAAAAGCAGCUCAGAGCUGAUGCUAAACUAUCUGACAUAGAAGCAAUGUAGCAAAACAUUAAAGGUACUUAGCCAGUUAAAAAGCAAACAAACAUGCUAUUCAGUGAAGUCUUUAUGCUUUUUGUUGCUCUUUGUUGAAGUCGAGGCAGUUUUAUUUACUGAAUGUAGCACAAAAGUGUUCGGAAUUUGUGUUACACGAACCUACGAAGGUUUAACAACCUUGUUAUAUUGUGUCUACAAGUAAUAGAUCUAAAAUAAUGAAACCUUAAUUUUACCAAGAGGCAGCUUUUGGGUGUUAAAGAGUAAGGAAUGACAGUGUUUACAAAGUGCCAAAAUAAAUGGAUGUUGAACAAGAAAUAUAGAUUUUGUUGACUUUGGAAUUGCAGAUGUAAAACAGCGCCAUCUAGAGUCCCUUCAGUGCUACAUUAAGGAUAUUUUUCUCUGUCUGUAGCACCGCCUCCUCUCUGAUCAUGGCCUGAACCCGACUGGGAAACGUCAGCGGGGUCGGCCUAAUUCGUGUAUGAUUCACUAUGAUUCACUUUUUUCUUCCGUGCCAUAGACGUCGCGUCUGGAAUAAGUCAGAAGCACUUCUGUCCACCAGCCUCUUUGCCAACAGCAGUCGUCCAUUUUCUAGAGCGUACAUACAUAUCUUCUCGUGCCAUAUGGGGGUUGAAUAUGCAACUAAAAAACGAGGACCUACAAGCAUAUCACGCAUUCAUUCAACUACCAUUUUACAUGAUUCAUACCCUUUCCUCAGGCGUGGGUGUUGUGUGUAUCAUAGUCAUUUUAGAGCUUUGUCAUAGGCCUCACAUCAUUGUAUUAAUCAUUGUUAUACUGUAUGGGUUGGGGGAGGGAGGGGUUCAUAACAUGAGAUAGAUAAUGGGUUUAUAUUGCAUUACGGUGCGAUGUGAUGCAUACGGACUGAACAAUGACGGAUCUGUUUUUGGAAGUUUAUAAAUCCUUAGGUUCUCAACUGGAUUUUAAAGUAGCAUGGUUUGAUUUGUCAAUGAUUAAUGAUUCUAAUGGUUUUUGGGGUUUUGUUUGAUUCUCUUGUAUUUUAUUGUAUGUAUUGUACAAUCUGAUGCUCUGAGGGGAGAAGGAAAAUACAAUGUCUUCUGAACUGCUGUGAACUAAAGGAAACAUUAUUAAUAAUAUGAUUAUAAUAUUUAUUUAUUUAUUUAUUUCCUUUGCACAAGUUGGAAUGGCCUUAAUUUUGCUUUACUUGCUUCUAUUGUGUAUUGGCACAAAGUGCACCCGUUUGAUUUGCAAAAAUUACAGUGCUCAUUACGAUGCUUAUAAUCCGAGAGUGCACAUCAAAGCAGGAUGAACAAAAAAAAAAUAUGAAAAGUUCAGCAAAUCCUUUUUAUUUUUCAUUAAUCUGAGAAACAAUAUUUUGCAUGAAUAUAAAUACAAUGGCAGAUAUUUUGGCUUGUACAAAAAAAUGUGAAGCAAUUUGAAGAGAAAAAAAGAAUGUACCGUUUCUGCUGUAUCUGUAUAUAUCUAAAUAUUUAUUGAAAUAUGUCAUACUACUAAUUCUAUUAACGAUUAAAGGUUUUCUGAACAAAAAUCUCUUUACCUGUUUUUGAACAUUGUCAAGGUUGUUGGAGUUGGAUCUUCUGCUUUCUGUUACUCGACUCAAGGAUCUGUGUAACCAUUAAAGAAAAAGUAUUAAAAAUUGCAAAUAAA